CCAAGCAAUUAUCGGACGAGUACUUGAGUACAGACGAAAGACGAAGCAGGUGAAUAAUUAAGCAUUCCGCCGGCGAAUCUCCAAAACUCUCUUCUCUCUGAAACAAAUUGAGGACUUUGGGGUCGUCACAAAGAUUGUUCAGCCUGAUCUCACAGCAAUAACGCGCAACAAUGGGCGAACCUGCGGCGGAGGACACUCCGGACACCACGCCUACAUACGAUUGCGUGGUGAUUGGCGCCGGAUACUCCGGUCUCGCGGCGGCACGGCUCCUGAAAGACUCUGGAAAGAAGGUCCUCGUCCUCGAGGCGCGAGAUCGCGUCGGUGGACGCGCAAAGACAAUGCCGCUCGACAAUGGCGACUACUGGGAUGUCGGGGCAUCUUUCCUCGGCCACAAACAAGAUCUCAUGUACGGCCUGGCAAAGGAGUUCGACGUACCAUUGUUCAAACCACCCAACCAAGGCAAGAUCGUCUUGGCCUACCGCGGCAAGGCACGAAGCUAUGGUGGCCUGAUCCCGCCGAUGAAGCCCUGGGAGGUUUUGGACAUCGGUCUCUUCGUCCGCCGAUUCGAGAAGUUGUGUGAGACAGUCAACAUGGAAGAGCCAUGGCAGACACCCAACGCGGAGGAGCUCGAUCGCGUGACGGUGCAUGAAUGGUUGAAGAAGCAGGCAUGGACGCAGGCUGCCAUUGACAUGGGCAACAUGGCAUUCGAGGCGACUAUCGGGCAGAAUACGUCUUGCAUCUCGAUGCUUCACGCCAUGUUCUUCUUCAAGGGCGUGGUCAGUCUCACAUCCGGCCUGAGCUGUGAAAAUGGAGCGCAGCAACAUUUCAUCCAAGGGGGAGGGCAGGCCAUUGCCGAGAAGCUGAGAGAACACCUCGGAGAAGGGGGGAUACGCUGUGAGGAACCGGUUUGCGGCAUCACGUACACCGAGAGUCUUGCGACCAUCCGGACGCCGAAAGGAACAUACCGCUCACGACGAAUCAUCUCCGCCAUCCCGCCCCCGCAUAUCCUCAAAAUCGACUUCGAGCCAAGGUUACCGGUAGAAAAGACGACACUACUCCAGCACAUGCCGAUGGGAGCCUACAUGAAAGUCUACGCAACCUACAAGACCCCGUUCUGGAGGGAACGAAGCCUGACGGGAGAGAGCACGAACCCGACUGGCUUCCUCAGCGUGACCUAUGACGCGACGCCGCAGUCAGGGUGCCCGGCCAAGCUCACGGGGUUCAUCGCCGGCACCAAAGCGCGGGAGUUCAUCAGCUUUAGCAAGGACCAAAAACGGGCUGUCGCCCUCGCCGGCUUCGCGUCCGCGUUCGGGCAGGAGGCGCUCGACCCGGAAGAAUUCUUCUUUCACACCAUGAUGGAGGAGGAAUGGGCUUCCGGAUGCCCGAUGGCGACCCCGGCGCCGGGGAUGUGGACUCUGUUGGGCGAGUGGGUUCGGAAGCCGAUUGGGGCUAUUCAUUGGGCUGGUACGGAGACCUCAACGAAGCAUUACGGGUACAUGGAGGGCGCGGUAUUUGCGGGACACAGGGCUGCGAGGGAGGUUUUGGAGGAGCUCAAGUGGAAGAUUUGA